CAUUUCUAGCAUUUGGAAGACAAAGCCUAUACACCACCAACAAAGUUGAACGCGUCGCGUCACUCUGCCACCCUUUUCUACUCCCGGUGGUCAAACCAGGCAUGGAAAAUGAGAAAGUUGGAUGUGUUUCCAAUGGUGAAGAUGCUGAGCAUGAAGACCAGAAGGUGGAGGAGUUUUUCGCUUUGAUUAGAAGGUUUCAGGAGGCCCGUAACCGAAGAAAAGAUCAAGAAUUGGUAGACAAGGAGAGAAAGAAGAAGGUUAGAAGGUUAAAUGAAGGGCAGCCUAGUUGGGUACCUUCUUUCGAAUGGGAAGAUUUCAACGAGGAAAUUCAGUUUCGAAAGCUUCCUCUAAUCUUUCCUUGUCCUCGUAACCAGAAAGAAGACAAGAAACAGCAAGAGGAAGACGAUGGUUUAAAUCUUAAUCUCUCCUUGUAGACUGUUCGAUCUCCUUGUUUAGUGACGCUGAAUGGGAUUGCAAUUUUGCAAUAACAUUCUUUAUUUUCUUUGUGAUGUUUUAACGUUCUUGUCCUGUAAUGAAAUAUGAAUUCCUUUCCUGAA